AUGGCGGCGCCGCCGCUAGACAUCACCGCCGAGAUUGAUCCGAUGCUCCACAAGUCUAUCCCUAAGGGCGGCCGUAUCACCCGCCAUAUCAUCCCCACCCACUGCGACGGCCUUGUCGCCUUUGCCACCUAUGGCAGGGCCAUGUUCGUGUGCAACCCGGCCACCCAGGAGCUCGUCGUGCUACCGCCCGGCAGCGGCAGCGGCCCAUGCCCACAGUCUACAGAAUCAACGGCAGCGGUCGGCUUCAACCUGUGGUGGAACAGGUACAUCGUUGUCAGGUGCUUCUACCGCAAGUCCCACAACGAUCUGCCGGUCUACGACAUCGGACACGAGAUCUUCACGCUCGGCGCAGGCGCUGGCGAUGGAUGGCAGCGCAUGCAAGACCCGUCGCGUGCCAUCAGUCUUGGCGGGAGGAGACCCGCUGCCUGCACGCGUGGGGGUUCCAUCUACAGGUUCAUCAACGAGUCUCAGCCAUGCGCGCUGCUGUGGUUCAGCCUGCGAGACGAGGCGUUCGACGCGGUCCCAUCCUCUCCGGGCUGCACGGCCUGCGACAACGACGACCGUCUCGCGGACCUCGCCGGCGAGCUGUGCUACGUGCAUCGCAUCCGCACGAGCGUGGCCACCCACGAAGUUUGGAUGGCGGCGGCGGUUGAUGACGAUGACCAAGAGUGGUGGUUGCGAUACCGAGUGGACCUGUGGCACAACCCGUGGGGCGUGCGCCGCCGCUGUGGCGGCGGCGGCAACGGCCAACGCUGGUUCCACAGCUUCGGCGCCACGGCGGCCGGCGACGUUGGUGGCCAUGUUGUACAAGGAGCUGUGGUGUCACAGGGAGCAGAGCAAACCGGUGGUGAAAGACGUGAACGUGUAGGGGAGCCGGUACAGCUGUGA